AUGGCUGCCAGCGGCGGCGGCACUGGCAGGAAGAAAACGGAACCUUUACCUCUGAUUGAACCUCGAAAGAAGUGGUCCAGCAGCGGGAUUCUCGAUUGGCUAUUCGUUUGGUCGCUGAGCAGCGAGCAGAAGCUGCGCGAGGCUGAGAAGAAUCUGCUCGGUCAUUUGGCCACACCAUGCCAGUGCUUUUAUAUUAACAUUGGACAUGUGGUGGGCGAAUCAGACAGGAUCUGGACACUGGCAAUGAACACCGGGGACCCCAAGCAUGUGCCCUUGGUGGCAUUGCAUGGCCGCGGCUCGGGACUGGGCUCGUGGCUGCUCAACCUGGACGUGCUGGCUAGCCAGCGACCAGUCUUUGCCAUUGACAUGCUCGGCUUUGGUCGCAGCUCUCGUCCCAUGUUCUCGGCCAAGGCGGACCUGUGUGAAAUGCAAAUGGUGCUGGCCCUGGAGUUGUGGCGCGAGGAGAUGCGUCUGCCGCAGAUGAUCCUCUUGGGGCACUGUCUGGGCGCCUUUGUGGCAAUCUCUUAUGCCCUGACCCACCCCCAUCGCGUGAAACAUCUCAUCCUGGCCGAGCCCUGGGGCUUCGAGGCGACUCCCUCAAAAGCCCUGGACAUGCUCAAUCUGAUUUCGAGCUUUCUCAAUCCCUAUUGGAUCCUGUGGAGUGUGGGUCCGCUGGCAAGCAUUUUGCUUAACCACACACAUCCCCAUCCACGUCUCAAGGAACAAUUUAGGGCACUCUUGGAGGAUGAUUUGAAUCACUAUCUGCAGCAGUGCAAGGCGUUCGCUCCCAGCGGCGAGUCAGCCUUCCAGACACUGGCCCAGGGGCAGGUCUCGUGCCACGUCCGGGAACACUGGCAGCGGCAGUCCCUGAUGGAGCGCACCAACGAGCUGCCUAGGAAUGUGGGCUUUUCCUUCACCUGUGGAGCACAGUCCCCCAUGCACGCCCUUCCCCAUUUGGCCAUUGUCCAAGGAUCAGGGCACUAUGUGCAUCUGGAGGAGCCCGAGGAAUUCAAUCAUCAUGUCCUCACCAUUUGCCACACCAUCGAUGUAUGA